AUGAAAAUCUUGGUUUUUUGCUUAUUAGCAUUGACUAUAGCAGCAGACAAAUUUGAUUAAUUCAGAGCAUUUGAUGAAGAUGAAUUUGGUAGAACAUUAAUAGAUACUCUUUAAAUGUAAAUGAGUACAGGUGAACCAAUUGCUCGUUUUAUUGAAAUAAUGAGAAACUUAGAAACAUCAAUAGAAAAUGAAUAAAAAGAAGAUGAUAAAGCAAAUAAUGAAUAUUAGAAUUAAUGCACAGAAGAUAUAAAAGUUUUAUAAUAAGAGAGUGCAAAUUUAGAAAGAAGAACAGUUGAAAUUUAAUCAAUUUUAGAUGAAUUAGAACCAUUAAGAUCAUAUAAAUAAGGUUAAGCAGAUGCUAAGAAUGCAUGGAAAGUUGAAACUGAAAAGAAAUUAGCUGAUUUAGUAAAGAAGAGAGAAACUGAGAAAGCUGAAUUUGAUAAAAAAGUAGAAGAACAUGAUUAUGCAACAUUUGUUAUAGAAACAGUUAGAAGAAUGUUUUCUGAUAAAAAUUAAAGUUUUCUAUAAAUGAACAAUGAAUCAUAAUGGUAAAAAGUUAGAGAUUACUUUAUAAAUGCUUCUGAAUAAGCAAGUAAAAUAAAUAUAUUAAUAUUAUAGAGAAAUUUGAAAUAAAAAAGAGUUAUUCUAAAAUGUUUAAUGUAUUUGCUGAAAUCGCCAAUGCUGCUUAAACAGAAGACUUUUAAAAUUCUCCAACUGUUAGUAGAAUUGUUAAUUUAUGUGAUUUGAUGCUUAAAUAAAUUGAAGACAGUAAAGCUUUGGAAACUAAAGCAGAAUAAAAGAGAUUAAAUAUGUUCAUGUUAGAAAAAGGUAAUUUCGAUAAAGAUUUAACAACUUUGAAUAAUGCUCUAGCUUAAUUAACAGCUGCCAUACUUAGUUUAGAUAACAGAAUUUAAGAUUAAAAAAGAGAUUUAAGUGAUUAUAAUGCUAGAUUGGCUGCUAAAAAUAAGUAGAGUGAAGAUAGAGGAAAUGAAUGUAGAGAAAAAGCUUACAAUUAUUAAUUAACAAGAGAAAAAAGGUAUUUAAAUUUUAUAAAUAUAAUUAGAGAAUAGAAAAGAUAAUUAGUAUCUUAGAUUAUUGGUGCCUUCUCUGCUAAUUAAAGAGAUUUUGCUGAAUAUGUUAAACUUAGAGGAUAAGCAGGAGAUUUCAGAGGAAAAAACUUUUAAAUCUUAGGCAACCCUACAGAAGAUUGA